AUGUCUAUGUCGUGCGGGUUGUGUCUUAAGUCGAUAACGGAGCAAGCUGCAGCUAUUCAAACAGGUGCAAAAUGUAAACAUUAUUUUCAUGACUCUUGUGUCAAAAUUCGAUGUGGUUUACCGUCGAAAGCGCGUGCAGCUGUGAAAAUUGCUACGACUUGUCCUGUUUGUUUUGUUGAUGUGUCUGGAGUACUUAGUAACAUUAAUGCCAAGUUGGAUAAAAUUGAUGGUAUAGAAUCAAAGAUCAGUACUGUAACCGAAUCGAUGACUAAACUUGUGGAUCAAGUUGAUAAGCUGAUGAAAAACUAUGAUUCGUUGAGCCAAGAUGUUAGGUCGUUGGCAACCAGAGUUGAAGCUGUUGAAAAGCGUGGGAAGGUGGUUGAUGUAGAUAAAAGACUUUUGGAAGAGGUGAAAGGGGCUGCUAAAACAAUAUCUGAUGGUCAAUUGGAGCUUAGGACAUUACAGCUUGAAACGCAGCUUCUUGCAGAUGAAAUUAUGGUAGGAGGUCUCCCAGAAUCUACCAAUGAGAAACUGGAUGACAUUGUUGUUGCUUUGAUGGACAAGUUGAUGGUUCCUGCGUCGGUUGAUGAUAUUGUUAAGGUUGAGCGUUUAGGAGCCAAGAUUCGUAAUAAGGAUUGUAGUAUACGUGUGAAAUUCAACAAUCAAAAACUUGUUAACAGCAUCAUGAAAAACAUCAAAGGCAAUGAGAUAAAAGUUGGUGAUUUGUCGCCGAUGGCACAAUCUGCAGAUGCUUGUAUAUUUAUACAUCAUAGACAUCCUUCGUCUCUAUAUAAGUUUCGUCAGGAAGUUCGUAAAAAGUAUCCGAACAUUAUGCCUAGGAAUAUUUGGAUAUCGUACGCUACAGUGAAUCUAGUAUCUGCUCCCUCAAUAUCGCUACAUACUACUAUUAAUACUGUUAAUGUUUUGCCAAAUUACUGCUUGAAUAAUUGUCUAAAAAUUUGUCAUUUCAAUGCCCAGUCUCUUAGAAAUGAACAGCAUUUUGAACUUUUUCGAGAAUAUUUUAGAUGUCAUCAAUAUGAUAUCAUAGCUGUCUCAGAAACAUGGUUGAAUCAUCUUAUUUCAGAUAACUUAAUUUUAUUGCCGUCAUAUACUUUGUACCGACAUGACCGUAGGCUUAGAAGUGGAGGAGGAGUUGCUCUUUAUGUAAGAAAUGAAUUACAUUCUAAAUAUGUAGCAUCUUCUUUAAAUACUCAGGAUAAACAUCCUGAGUAUUUAUUUAUUGAGGUAUCAGCUUCGUCUCGAGAAAAAUUACUGAUUGGUGUGGUUUACAAGCCACCGAAUACAGGACAUCUAGAGGAUUUGGAAGAAGAACUUGAAGCUAUCAUACCUUCGUUUAACAUCAUUAUGAUGGGUGAUUUUAACUCGGAUUUGGGUAAGGAUUGUUUCUUCGGGGAUCAACUUCGUAGACUUUGUUCAUGUCAUGAUUUGCAUAUUGUUGAGUAUCAGUCAACUCAUCAUUUGCAGGAUUCAGAUUCAUGGAUUGAUGCUUGUAUUGUUGAUGACUUGGAUAAAGUUUUGCAUUCUGAACAAUCAAAAGAGCCGUUUAUAUCGAAUCAUGACUUGAUUUCUAUUACUUACAAUUAUAGAGUUGAAUUUCGGAAAUUUCAAAGCUUUUCUUACAGAAAUUGGAAUAGAGUGGAUGAUCGCAGGCUACAAGAUUUAUGCAUUAGCGCAGAUACUGAUUUAAACGUGGCUUAUGAUACUGUUGAUGACAUGAAUCAUUUUUUACACGAAUUAUUGGAUAGCAUAAUUAAUGAUAUUGCACCAGAGAAGACUAUUAACCCACGUCGACCACCAGCUACGUGGUUUACUCCAGAGAUUAAGGACCUUCAAAAUCGUCGUGAUAGAUUAUAUCGUAUUUUUAGGAGGACUGGGUAUGCAUAUAAAGAAUAUUCGAAUGUUAGGCGACUUGUGAAGCAGAGACUUACUAAAGAGAAGAAAAGAUAUUUUGAUCAACAGUUGAGUAGUGCUAAAAACUCACGAGCGUUGUGGAGUGAUCUUAGAAGACUUGGUUUGAUUAAAAGAAAAAAUGCUCACCAGGAAUUGAGAAUUGAUUUGGAUGAAUUAAAUGAUUAUUUUAUAGAUAGUGUCAAUAUUGUUAGUGGGUCAGAAGUUACAACGAAUGACAUUAUUUUGAAUAGUGAUAGUAAUAACAAUGACCGUUUCUACUUCCAGGAGCUCAGUAUGGAAUCGGUUAAAAAAUCAAUAAUGAGGAUACUAUCGUCCUCAGUGGGUCCGGAUAAUUUUUCUAUUAAAGCUUAUAAAUGUGUUUUGCCGUAUUUACUACAUUGGUUUACAAAAUUAUUUAACAUGUCAUUGGUCACUGGGAUUGGGCGGAUUGUUGAUUGGUGUAAGCUGAAUUGCCUCAGAUUAAACGCAUCGAAGACAAAGUCUAUUAUUAUUGGCAGUAGGAUUAAGGUUAGCAGUGAUGUCUGUUUAUCUGCGGAGAAUAUUGUUGUUGCUGGCAGUGUGAUUCCUUACGUGAAGACUGUAAAAUACUUGGGGGUUGUUAUUGAUAACACUCUUUCAUGGGAGCAUCAAGUUACCAAGAUGUGUAAUCAGGCUAUGAGUUCGUUGGCUCAGUUAAAAAUAAGCAAUGAAGUGUUCAAUAGGCAAUUACGUAUUAAACUUGUGACAACUAUUAUUUUUCCGAUUUUUGAUUAUUGUUGUGCUGCAUUUACAAAUAUGUCUAAAAAGUUACAAAUGAGACUACAAAAAAAUGAACUCUUGUUUGGCUCAAAGCUGCAGUUCCUGGAGGUUGCAAUGCGCCGAGGAGACAUUAGGCAGGAUUACUUGAGAUUACCAAUGUCUGCAAGUAACAUUUACGAUAAAUCGUUUUUAAUUCAAGGCAUACGAGUCUGGAACUCUUUGCCGGCUGGGCUUACAACUGUAGAUGAUUUGACUGAAUUUCAGAAUCGCUUAUUUGUAUUCCUUCUCGAUAAAGAUGUUUAG